UUAAAAAAAAUUUCAGAAAUAAUCUCUCUCAUCUCUUCCCUCUAGAAUAGAAUAUCCGGUUUUUCUUCUCCAACGAACCAGUCUCCUAAAUCGAUGGAAAACGGCGUCAACGGGGAGCAUGAAGAUCUUAAUCCAGAAGUGGAAGACACUACAACAUCAUCAAGGUUCUGGAUUGAAUCAAAAAAGCUAUGGUACAUUGUGGGUCCCGCAAUCUUCAGCCGAGUCGUAAGUUUCUCCAUGAACGUCAUCUCAAUAGCCUUUGGCGGUCACCUCGGUAACGUUGAACUCGCUGCCCUUUCCAUAUCCAUCAAUGUCAUCGUCGGUUUCAAUUUUGGUUUCCUGUUAGGGAUGGCGAGCGCCUUGGAGACUCUGUGUGGGCAAGCCUUUGGGGCGAAGAAGUACCAUAUGUUGGGCAUAUACUUGCAAAGGUCAUGGAUUGUGCUCUUCCUCUGUGGUAUUUUGUUCCUGCCCAUUUACGUUUUCGCUGCUCCGAUUAUGAGACUCAUUGGACUGCCCAAAGAAGUGGCGGAACUCUCUGAGGUCGUGGCUCUGCGGCUCAUACCGCUGCAGCUCGGAUUUACGUUUCUAUUCCCAGUGCAACGGUUCUUGCAGUCCCAGCUUAAGACCUUUGUGAUUAUGUGGGUUUCUUUUGCGGCUUUACUGGUUAAUUUGCUGCUUACUUGGCUCUUCCUUCGUGUGUGGGAUUUUGGACUUGUUGGUAUUGUUGUUGCUUUGGACAUCUCUUGGUGGGUUCUGGUUUUAGGGUUGUGUGGGUAUGCUAUGUGUGGUGGAUGUCCUCAAACUUGGACUGGAUUCUCUGCAGAAGCAUUUUCGGGUCUCUGGGAGUUCAUCAAACUCUCUGCUGCUUCCGGGGUCAUGCUCUGCUUGGAGAGCUGGUAUUAUACAAUAUUGAUGUUGAUGCCAGGCUACUUGAAGAAUGCUACUGUUGCAGUUGGUGCCUUGUCAGUCUGCAUGAACAUCAAUGGGAUCGAGCUCAUGAUCCAUAUCGCUUUCUUUGCUGGUGCAGGAGUAAGGGUGGCCAAUGAAUUGGGAGCUGGUAAUGGUAAAGCUGCGAAAUUUGCAACAAUGGUGGCUGUGUCCUAUUCAGCUGUGAUUGGACUCUUUUUCUGCAUUCUAAUCCUAAUAAUCCACAACAAGAUCGCAUACAUCUUCACAUCCAGCACUGAUAUCAUCCAAGAAAUUGAUAAGAUGUCGUACCUCUUAGGGGCCACAAUUCUAUUCAACAGUAUUCAACCAGUCUUAUCGGGGGUGGCUGUUGGAUCGGGAAGGCAAGCAACAGUUGCAUAUAUAAAUAUUGGAUGCUACUACAUCAUUGGUCUUCCUGUUGGAAUUCUAAUGGGAUGGGUCUUCCACUUGGGCGUUAUGGGUAUUUGGGGUGGGAUGGUCUUCGGCGGGACGGCUGUUCAGACAAUGAUAUUGGUCAUCUUAACAAUGCGAACCAAUUGGACGAUGCAGGCUGAGGAAGCCAGCAAGCGCAUAAGUAAGUGGACAAACGUCCCUAGCGACUCAGAAGAACACCAAACGGAAGUUGAACACUAACAAAAUUCAAGUUGAUGCAUGGAUCGAUGUAGCCACCGAUGAUCGAUAAUCAGCCUAUAAAUUUGAUCAGACUAAGGAAGCCUGCAGCAGGCGUGCUAGUUAUAAGCGGUCAAACCUUAAACCAGAGGUUUAGCAAUAUUAACCAAUUUGCUAGCUUUAGGGUUUUGAUCAUACUGAUACAUCCAGUACCAAUAUGAGGUACCUGUAUUUUACCAAUAAGAAUGUGAUUAAUAUUGGUAAAGUUAUUUAUUUAUUUUUUCUUAAUAGUUAAGGAUGCAUGUGAUUAUCUUUUUCUUAAUGUUGCUCAAGUGGAUCAGAAGCAUGCUCAUUUUUCACUAGCUAGUUGUCUGUUAGGGACAGGAACUCAUGUGAAACGUACUUAUCUUUUAUGCUUUUCAUGAUUCUACAGAAAUUUACGGGUA